AUGGCCGAACUCCGCCUCUCCAUGGUGUUCUUCUUUCUCUUCAUCUUCUAUUACAUUAACCUCAGCACGGUUGAAUCAUCCAUGGCUCGAGCCAGACAUUUUAAACAUCCGGAUACCAAGGCCUUCAUUGAGGUCUCGUGUCAAACCACUCUAUAUCCGGCCCUAUGCAUUAAAUGUCUGGCCCGCUACGCCAACUCCAACGUUCGGAACGAGCAGCAACUGGCUCAAGUUGCCUUGACAGUGAGCCUAUACAAGGGUCGUUCAACAAGGUCGUAUAUGUUGAAGGUGGCAAAAGAGCUGGAGUCAAUAAAAUCGAAGGAGUGUCCAGCCCUGAGAGAUUGCUUGCAACAAAUAGAUGAUAGCAUAAACCAGCUUAGCCACUCAAUCAGAGAACUCCGCGGGUUUGAUCUGAAAGCGGGGAUGACCGAUGACCUAUUUUGGCACAUAGAUAAUGUUGAUACUUGGAUUAGCGCUGCCCUAACCGAUGCUAGCAAUUGCGUGGAUGAGUUCCCGGGGCAUAGGAUGAGUAAAAUGAAGGCCACCAUUAAAGGUAAAGUAAUGAACGUUGCACAGCUAACAAGCAAUGCACUGGCCUUAUUUCACCGAUAUGCUGCUAGGUAUCGAUCUGCUACCAACAAGAAACCAUAA